AUGGUCCAUCUCGCGUCAGCCCUGCUGGUCGCCGGCGCGGCGUUUGCCGUUGCGCGGCCGGCCACGGAGAUCUUUGAGCGGCAGGCGACGUGCUCGACAGCGGCCAGCUACCCAGCGGUAAACUACGCCAAGCUGCCGGACCCGUUCACGACGUCGGGCGGGGCCAAGGUGGCGACCAAGGCCGACUUCGAGUGCCGGCGGACCGAAAUCAACAAGAUCCUGCAGCAGUACGAGCUGGGCACGUACCCGCCGCCGCCCGACAAGGUCGACGGGUCGCUCAGCGGCAACACGCUGACGGUCAAGGUGACGGUGGGCAGCAAGAGCAUCUCGUACACGGCGUCCAUCAAGAAGCCGUCGGGCAGCGGGCCGCAGCCGGCCAUCAUCACCAUUGGCGGCUCGUCGCUGCCCAUCCCGGGCACCGUGGGCACCAUCGGCUUCGGCAACGACGACUUCGCGUCGCAGGCGUCGAGCGGGUCGCGCGGCAAGGGCAAGUUCUAUGACCUGUUCGGCAGCGGGCACUCGGCGGGCGCGCUGACGGCGUGGGCGUGGGGCGUGGACCGGCUGAUCGACGCGCUCGAGCAGCUGGGGCCCGACAAGACGGGCAUCGACACCAAGCGGCUCGGCGUCACGGGCUGCAGCCGCAACGGCAAGGGCGCCUUCAUCACGGGCGCCCUCGUCAGCCGCAUCGCCCUGACCCUCCCCCAAGAGUCCGGGUCGGGCGGCGCCGCGUGCUGGCGCAUCAGCGACUCGCAGAAGAGCGCCGGCAAGAACAUCCAGACGGCCGGCGAGAUCAUUGGCGAGAACGUGUGGUUCUCCAAGAACUUCGACCCCUACGUCAAGGCCACGUCCACCAUCCCCGCCGACCACCAUCUGCUGGCCGCCCUGACGGUCCCGCGCGGCCUGCUGGCCUUUGAGAACGACAUUGACUGGCUCGGCCCCGUGUCGACGACGGGCUGCAUGAAGGCCGGCCGCCUCAUCUACAAGGCCUACGGCGUGCCGAACAACAUGGGCUUCUCGCUCGUCGGCGGCCACAGCCAUUGCCAGUUCCCCAGCUCGUCGCAGCCCGAGCUGACCGCCUACAUCAACUACUUCCUGCUCAACAACCCCACCGCCCCGUCGUCCAUCGAGAGAAGCAGCGUCACCCUCGACGCCACCCUCUGGGCUCCGUGGGACGUUCCGAGCCUGACGUAG